AUGGAGUUGGGUUGGAAUCAUACUCACACUUUCCACAAUCAUAUACACAAUACUCCCACUUUCCAUUCACCAAAAGAUGUUGCACAAUAUAACCUUGCGUUAUCGUUCGAAAAUGGUGAGGGAACAUUGUAUGAAGUGAGGAUGUCGGACGAUACUUUAAUCGCUUGUCAGAGCAAUUGUUGA